UGACAUUUAUGCCACACAGUUGCGUCGGAAGAAUGAAGGAAUGGACAGAGAGGGGGUGGUGUGCAGACUUUUCUUCACGAGACUGACGUUUUGUUUUACUUAUUAAUUCAUGCAAAUGUCACCUGACCGUCAGCAGAAAAGUUAACUUUGGGUAAGUCUAUUUUAUUGUCUUGGGAAAUUAUGUAAAACGUUUAAAAGCGAUUGCCUAAUCAUUGUUUUUACUCUGUCACGUUUUACUCUGUCAAUCUAUUCCAUUAGUGAGUGACUCAUUCCACCACGCGUAUAGCCUAGUAGUCUAGCUAUCUCAUGAGUGUGAGAUAAUAACCGAAUAACUGGACGAAUCCCGUCAGUACAGUAAAGCAGUCUAUUGGACGUCACUGCUACUGCUCCGCUAUGUCGCAUGCCCGGCAAGCACUAGACAGGUGACCAGGUCAUGUCAACAGACAGCUGGAACAGACAGUUGAUAAUACGAAUGGAUUAACGACAACAUUCUAUUUUAGCCGUGAUAGAAGAAUACACUGUAGUCUAUUUCUUGAAGUUGAUUUCGUUUCUAUUUCUUGAAGUUGAUUUCGUUUCAACCUUAUGUGUAGUCUACAGUCAGCGAGUCUGUCCAGUUUCCUAUCCAAUUCACUAAGGGUAUUAUAAUACAGCAUUAUUAGUUUGUCGAGGGGGGAAAAUAGUGGUUUUAAGCAAUCUGUCAGAUGACAAAGUGGGCUGCAGAUUAUUCCCUAGUAAAGCACCUUGUUUUGUGAAGCACAAUCAAUAUUUUGUUGGGGCAGUGGCUCUGGUCCAAAAUGACUGUGCUGCUUGAGCGAAUAAAGUAUUAUUUGAAGGCACAAAAACAGAAAAAAUAGCACAAAAUAGAGGAACAAAAUGUUUAGUUAUUUGUUUCAGAGAUGUGACCAAUGAUUACUCCUUUUAGAAGUUAUUUUGAUAUUUCCAUGAGACCCAUUGUAUAAACAAAGCAGUUAGGGUGGGAAUUGCCUGUUGUUCACCUCAAUCCUUCUGUGAGCCAAGUAGGCCUAGCUCAGACUGUGAAAUAAUCUGUUUUGUUCUGAAUUAGUUUUCCUUGUAACUAGAUUAGGACUUCCUCGAAUGUGAUGAAUAGGGUGCCAUUAAGACCUUGGCAUAAUGAAAUAAUAUAAUUUAUUCAAAGAGCUCGAAUAACUACAAUAUUCUUUGUUGUUUGUAUUCUAAAACCAACCUAGCAGCAACUUUUAAAGAGAUGAAACAGUGUACAAUAAAUUGUUAUACUGUAUAGUGUUCCAUGACCAUGACACACUAGAUUGAGACUAUCCCUUUCAUGUACUGUAAUAAACUUUGACUUCUACUUUUCCCCUGUGCCCCCCCCAACCCCCCCCCCUGUCCAGUACAGAAUCAUGUCGUGUGAGAAGGGCGACCGGGACCCCAUGGAGGACCCCCUCUUCAUCCUGGAGAGUGGCGAGGUGUACAGGAACCCCACGGAGGUCAAGAUGAGCCAGAUCGUGAUGCCCUGCCACACCAACCACUGUGGAGAGCUCAGUGUGGGACAGCUGCUCAAGUGGAUGGACUCCACAGCCUGCCUGUCUGGUGAGCUAUGACCUUAACCUCAUAGGAUGACCUCUAAAGAAAAGUGGUCCCUCCCAAGUCCCAACCUGGGGCUCUGGCCAAAAAUAGUACACUUAUAGGAAAUAAAGUGUAAUUUGGGACGCAGACUCUGACUGCAGCCCUCCAAGACGUGGAUUGAGAUCAACAGCUAUGGAGUCCUGUCAGCCGAGAAGGCAUAUACAGUGGGGGAAAAAAGUAUUUAGUCAGCCACCAAUUGUGCAAGUUCUCCCACUUAAAAAGAUGAGAGAGGCCUGUAAUUUUCAUCAUAGGUACACUAUGCCAGUGUCUUUUAUACUGAUAACAAGUUCAAACAGGUGCCAUUAAUACAGGUAACGAGUGGAGGACAUUGGAGCCUCUUAAAGAAGAAGUUACAGGUCUGCGAGAGCCAGAAAUCUUGCUUGUUUGUAGGUGACCAAAUACUUAUUUUCCACCAUAAUUUGCAAAUCAAUUCAUUAAAAAUCCUACAAUGUGAUUUUUUGGAUUUUUUUUUCCUAAUUUUGUCUGUCAUAGUUGACGUGUACCUAUGAUGAAAAUUACAGGCCUCUCUCAUCUUUUUAAGUGGGAGAACUUGCACAAUUGGUGGCUGACUAAAUACUUUUUCAUCCCACUGUAUGUACUGUACAUGUGAUGUUUAUGGACCUCUAUGUUGUCACAGCUGAAAGACACGCUGGGUCUCCCUGUAUUACUGCCUCUGUUGACGACAUCCACUUUGAGCACACUAUAGGGUAUGUAUUUCACUUCCUGAAACAGACCUUUUCAGUAUAUUUACAGUGACUUAUAGCCUUUAGCUUAGCCACAGAAAGGAGGGGCUGGUGUUCUUCUGUUUACACUGUAACCACUGUCCAAUGUUGAUCAUAUAAAUGUUUGUUUGUUUGCACGCAGAGUCGGACAGGUUGUUAACAUCAAGGCAAAAGUCAACAGAGCCUUCACAUCCAGCAUGGAGGUUUGUGGGGACACCAUCUUUGAUCUUUGUGUAGUAAAUAUUUAAUCUUUGGAAUUUUUGUUUUGAAAUCAUUUAUAAUGUAUGUCGGGGAGAGAAAUGAUACACAAGGCUGUUCCAUAAUAGAUGAUCCCUGUUUACAACCUGUGUUCUUUACUGUAGAAUCUAGUCCCAUUUAAUUCACCAAAUGGUAAUCUAUUCUCUAUAUAGUACACUACUUGAAAUCAAAUCAAAGUUUAUUGGUCGCGUACACGGUUUUGCAGAUGUUAUCGCAAGUGCAGCGAAAUGCUUAUGUUUUUUUUAGCUCCAACAAUGCAGCAAUAUCUAGCAAUACAAUAACAAUACACACAUAAUCCUCCUCCCCCUCAAAAGAAAGAAGAAAAUAACAAGUAUUAAGACCUGAGAAUGAGCAAUAUAAUUAAAUAUAUGUGAAUGGUGUGUACAGCAGUAUGUACAUAUAAAGUGGGUAAAACAGUAUGUAAACAUUAUUAAAGUGAACAGCGUUCAAUGAGGGAUCUUGUAAAAAAUGAUGCACAAUAUAGGGAACAGAGGUUGCCAUUUGGGACCCAACCUUAGUAAUAUAUGUACAGUUGAAGUCGGAAGUUUACAUACACCUUAGCCAAAUACGUUUAAACUCAGUUUUUCACAAUUCCUGACAUUUAAUCCGAGUAAAAAUUCCCUGUCUUAGGUCAGUUAGGAUCACCACUUUAUUUUAAGAAUGUGAAAUGUCAGAAUAAUAGUAGAGUGAUUUAUUUCUUUCAUCACAUUGCAAUUUUAAAAAAUAUUUUUAGUCAUUUAGCAGACGCUCUUAUCCAGAGCGACUUACCCAGUGGGUUAGAAGUUUACAUACAAAUCAAAUCAAAUCAAAUUUAAUUGUCCACAUGCGCCGAAUGCUUACUUACAGCCCUUAACCAACAGUGCAUUUAUUUUUUAUAAAAAAGUAAAAUAAAACAACAACAAAAAAGUGUUGAGAAAAAAAGAGUGGAAGUAAAAUAAAAUAACAGUAGGGAGGCUAUAUCUACAGGGGGGUACCGGUGCAGAGUCAAUGUGCGGGGGCACCGGCUAGUUGAGGUAGUUGAAGUAAUAUGUACAUGUGGGUAGAGUUAAAGUGACUAUGCAUAAAUAAUUAACAGAGUAGCAGCAGCAUAAAAAGAUGGGGUGGGGGGUGGGGGUGGUGGGGCAGUGCAAAUAUUCUGGGUAGCCAUGAUUAGCUGUUCAGGAGUCUUAUGGCUUGGCGGUAGAAGCUGUUAAGAAGUCUUUUGGACCUAGACUUGGCACUCCGGUACCAAUUGCCGUGCGGUAGCAGAGAGAACAGUCUAUAACUAGGGUGGCUGGAGUCUUUGACAAUUUUGAGGGCUUUCCUCUGACACCGCCUGGUAUAGAGGUCCUGGAUGGCAGGAAGCUUGGCCCUAGUGAUGUACUGGGCCGUACGCACUACCCUCUGUAGUGCCUUGCGGUCGGAGGCCGAACAGUUGCCAUACCAGGCAGUGAUGCAACCAGUCAGGAUGCUCUCGAUGGUGCAGCUGUAGAAUUUUUUGAGGAUCUGAGGACCCAUGGCAAAUAUUUUCAGUCUCCUGAGGGGGAAUAGGCUUUGUCGUGCCCUCUUCACGACUGUCUUGGUGUGUUUGGACCAUGGAUGAUGUGGACACCAAGGAACUUGAAGCUCUCAACCUGUUCCACUACAGCCCCGUCGAUGAGAAUGGGGGCGUGCUCAGUCCACUUUUUUUUCCUGUAGUCCACAAUCAUCUCCUUUGUCUUGGUCACGUUGAGGGAGAGGUUGUUAUCCUGGCACCACACGGCCAGGUCUCUGACCUCCUCCCUAUAGGCUGUCUCAUCGUUGUCGGUGAUCAGGCCUACCACUGUUGUGUCGUCGGCAAACUUAAUGAUGGUGUUGGAGUCGUGCCUGGCCAUGCAGUCAUGGGUGAACAGGGAGUACAGGAGGGGACUGAGCACGCACCCCUGAGGGGCCCCCGUGUUGAGGAUCAGUGUGGCAGAUGUGUUGUUUCCUACCCUUACCACCUGGGGGCGGCCCGUCAGGAAGUCAAGGAUCCAGUUGCGGAGGGAGGUGUUUAGUCCCAGGAUCCUUAGUUUAGUGAUGAGCUUUGAGGGCACUAUGGUGUUGAACGCUGAGCUGUAGUCAAUUAAUAGCAUUCUCACGUAGGUGUUCCUCUUGUCCAGGUGGGAAAGGGCAGUGUGGAGUGCAAUAGAGAUUGCAUCAUCUUUGGAUCUGCUGGGGCGGUAUGCAAAUUGGAGUGGGUCUAGGGUUUCUGGGAUAAUGGUGUUGAUGUGAGCCAUGACCAGCCUUUCAAAGCACUUCAUGGCUACAGACGUCAGUGCUACGGGUCGGUAGUCAUUUAGGCAGGUUAUCUUAGUGUCCUUGGGCACGGGGACUAUGGUGGUCUGCUUGAAACAUGUUGGUAUUACAGACUCAGUCAGGGACAUGUUGAAAAUAUCAGUGAAGACACUUGCCAGUUGGUCAGCACAUGCUCGGAGUACACGUCCUGGUAAUCCGUCUGGCCCUGCGGCCUUGUGAAUGUUGACCUGCUUAAAAGUCUUACUCACAUCGGCUACGGAGAGCGUGAUCACAUAGUCAUCCGGAACAGCUGGUGCUCUCAUGCAUGGUUCAGUGUUGCUUGCCUCGAAGUGAGUAUAGAAGUGGUUUAGCUCGUCUGGAAGUCUUGUGUCACUGAGCAGCUCGCGGCUGUGCUUCCCUUUGUAGUCUAUAAUAGUUUUCAAGCCCUGCCACAUUCGACGAGCGUCAGAGCCGGUGUAGCACUCAAUUAGUAUUUGGUAGCAUUGCCUUUAAAUUGUUUAACUUGGGUCAAACGUUUCAGGUAGCCUUCCACAAGCUUCCCACAAUAAGUUGGGUGAAUUGUGGCCCAUUCCUCCUGACAGAGCUGUUGUAACUGAGUCAGGUUUGUAGGCCUCCUUGCUUGCACACGCUUUUUCAGUUCUGCCCACACAAUUCCUAUAGGAUUGAGGUCAGGGCUUUGUGAUGGCCACUCCAAUACCUUGACUUUGUUGUCCUUAAGCCAUUUUGCCACAACUUUGCAAGUAUGCUUGGGGUCAUUGUCCAUUUGGAAGACCCAUUUGCGACCAAGCUUUAACUUCCUGACUGAUGUCUUGAGAUGUUGCUUCAAUAUAUCCACAUAAUUUUCCUUCCUCAUGAUGCCAUCUAUUUUGUGAAGUGCACCAGUCCCUCCUGCAGCAAAGCACCCUAACAGCAUGAUGCUGCCACCCCCGUGCUUCACGGUUGGGAUGGUGUUCUUCGGCUUGCAAGCAUACCCCUUUUUCCUCCAAACAUAACGAUGGUCAUUAUGGCCAAACAGUUCUAUUUUUGUUUCAUCAGACCAGAGGACAUUUCUCCAAAAAGUACGAUCUUUGUCCCCAUGUGCAAUUGCAAACCGUAGACUGGCUUUUUUAUGGCGGUUUUGGAGCAGUGGCUUCCUCCUUGCUGAGCGGCCUUUCAGUUUAUGUCGAUAUAGGACUCGUUUUACUGUGGAUAUAGAAUAUUUUGUACUUGUUUCCUCCAGCAUCUUCACAAGGUCUUUUGCUGUUGUUCUGGGAUUGAUUUGCACUUUUCACACCAAAGUACGUUCAUCUCUAGGAGACAGAUCGUGUCUCCUUCCUGAGCGGUAUGACGGCUGCGUGGCCCCAUGGUGUUUAUACUUGCGUACUAUUGUUUGUACAGAUGAACGUGGUACCUUCAGGCAUUUGGAAAUUGCUCCCAAGGAUGAACCAGACUUGUGGAGGUCUACAAUUUUCUUUCUGAGGUCUUGGCUGAUUUCUUUUGAUUUUCCCAUGAUGUCAAGCAAAGAGGCACUGAGUUUGGAGGUAGGCCUUGAAAUUCAUCCACAGGUACACCUCCAAUUGACUCAAAUGAUGUCAAUUAGCCUAUCAGAAGCUUCUAAAGCCAUGACAUCAUUUUCUGGAAUUUUCCAAGCUGUUUAAAGGUACAGUCAACUUAGUGUAUGUAAACUUCUAACCCACUGGAAUUGUGAUACAGUGAAUUAUAAUUGAAAUAAUCUGUCUGUAAACAAUUGUUUGAAAAAUUCCUUCUCAUGCACAAAGUAGAUGUCCUAACCGACUUGCCAAAACUAUAGUUUGUUAACAAGAAAUUUGUGGAGUGGUUGAAAAACGAGUUUUAAUGACUCCAACCUAAGUGUAUGUAAACUUCCGACUUGAACUUUAUGUAACAAUAUGUCUGACACUCUGCCUGGUGUCAUGAUGUGAUGCCAUGUGGGCACUAUCCUCAGGUGGGCAUCGCGGUGAGCUGUGAGGACCUGUUCAGUAGCUGCCAGUGGAACGUGUGCAAUGCCUUUGCCACCUUUGUGGCGCGACGCACUGAGGAGGGGAAGGUGAGGGCUGAAGAGCGAGAAAGAGAGAGAGGGCACCCAUCUUGGUUUGACAGUGUUAGACAUAUCAACCACAUCAAUAUGUCAUGCUUCAAUAGGAGGGCACACACACCAACACUGUGUGUGUGUGUGUGUGUGGGUAUGUGUGUGUGUGUGUGUGCGUGCAGGUGCAGCUGAAGCAGGUGAUUCCGCGGACGCAGACAGAGCAGAUGGAGUACAGCAUCGCGGCAGAGAGGAGGAGGAUGAGACUGACCCAUGCUGAGAUCAUAACAGACCUACUGAGCAGCAACACAGCUCAACUAGGUAUUAUGCUGUCAACACACAGCUCAACUAGGUAUUAUACUGUCAACACACAGCUCAACUAGGUAUUAUGCUGUCAACACACAGCUCAACUAGGUAUUAUACUGUCAACACACAGCUCAACUAGGUAUUAUGCUGUCAACACACUGAAACACACAGCUCAACUAGGUAUUAUACUGUCAACACACAGCUCAACUAGUAUUAUACUGUCAACACACAGCUCAACUAGGUAUUAUACUGUCAACACACAGCUCAACUAGGUAUUUUACUGUCAACACACAGCUCAACUAGGUAUUAUACUGUCAACACACAGCUCAACUAGGUAUUAUACUGUCAACACACAGCUCAACUAAGUAUUAUACUGUCAACACACAGCUCAACUAGGUAUUUUACUGUCAACACACAGCUCAACUAGGUAUUAUACUGUCAACACACAGCUCAACUAGGUAUUAUACUGUCAACACACAGCUCAACUAGGUAUUAUACUGUCAACACACAGCUCAACUAGGUAUUAUACUGUCAACACACAGCUCAACUAGGUAUUUUACUAUCAACACACAGCUCAACUAGGUAUUAUACUGUCAACACACAGCUCAACUAGAUAUUAUGCUGUCAACACACAGCUCAACUAGGUAUUAUACUGUCAACACACAGCUCAACUAGGUAUUAUGCUGUCAACACACAGCUCAACUAGGUAUUAUACUGUCAACACACAGCUCAACUAGGUAUUAUGCUGUCAACACACUGAAACACACAGCUCAACUAGGUAUUAUACUGUCAACACGCAGCUCAACUAGUAUUAUACUGUCAACACACAGCUCAACUAGGUAUUAUACUGUCAACACACAGCUCAACUAGGUAUUAUACUGUCAACACACAGCUCAACUAGGUAUUAUGCUGUCAACACACAGCUCAACUAGGUAUUAUACUGUCAACACACAGCUCAACUAGGUAUUAUGCUGUCAACACACUGAAACACACAGCUCAACUAGGUAUUAUACUGUCAACACACAGCUCAACUAGUAUUAUACUGUCAACACACAGCUCAACUAGGUAUUAUACUGUCAACAUACAGCUCAACUAGUAUUAUACUAUCAACACACAGCUCAACUAGGUAUUUUACUAUCAACACACAGCUCAAUUAGGUAUUAUACUGUCAACACACAGCUCAACUAGAUAUUAUACUGUCAACACACAGCUCAACAGGGUAUCCCACUGUCAACACACAGCUGAACUAGGUAUUAUACUGUCAACACACAGCUCAACAAGGUAUCACACUGUCAACACACAGCUGAACUAGGUAUUUUACUAUCAACACAAAGCUCAACUAGGUAUUAUAGUGGUUAAGAGUGUUGGGCCAGUAACUGAAAGGUUGCUGGUUCGAAUCCCAGAGCUGACUAGGUGAAAAAUCUGCCGACAUUCCUGUGAGCAAGGCAUUUAACCUUAAUUGCUCCUGUAAGUCGUUCUGGAUAAGAUGAUGUGAAUGCUAAAUGAUGUGAAGGUAGUUACAGCUUAUAAGGACCCUAUAAGGCCCUAGUUACAUCUUAUAAGGCCCUAUAAGGCCCUAGUUACAUCUUAUAAGGCCCUAUAAGGCCCUAGUUACAUCUUAUAAGGCCCUAUUUAUAGCCUUUAUAUGUCACAGGAUGCCUCAGAUGUCCAAGUCACACUUAUCUCUAAUGUGAAGUGAAAUCAGUGGCAGUCACACCCGUGCCCAGCCUGGUGAACAGCAGUAUUACCCUCUAGUGUGUGUGUGUGUGUGUGUGUGUGUGUGCAUGCGUGUGCGUGUGUGUGUGUGUGUGUUUGUGUGCGUGCGUGUCAACAGGAGAGUGCCAGGAGUACCAGGGUGCGGUGUCAGCCGAGCGGACGCGGGUGGAGAGCGUGGAGCUUGUGCUGCCUCCCCAUGCCAACCACCAAGUCAGUACCUUCGGGGGUCAGAUCAUGGCCUGGAUGGAGAACGUGGCCACCAUCGCAGCAUGGUGAGUGUCUGUCUGUAGCCUGUGUGUCAGUAGCCUGUCCUUCUCAUAGAGAUAAUCAGGUUUCUUACUGUGACAGAAUAUGGAGAUAGUUAGUAUAUAUUAACGGCCCAAUGCAGAUGUUUUUAUCUCAAUAUCCAAUCAUUUCUGGGUAACAAUUAAGUACCUUAUUGUGAUUUUUUUCAAAAAUAAACAGAACUAGCUUCUUAGCAAAGAUCAAUUUCUCAAGCAAGACUUUUGCUAGGACUGUCUGAGUGGGGUGGGGGAAACUGAAAACUAGGUUUAGAACUCUUUCUUAUUGGUCUAUUAACUAAUUUAGGCAGGCCAGAAUUCCAUCCCAUCAAACAGUUUUCUUAACAAACAGCUCUUACUCUAAAAGGGCAUUAUCAUCAUUUCUCACAAGUUCACAGUAUUAUUCCAACCUCACAGUGUGGAAAUAUAUAUAAAACACAGAAAAAUCUUGUUUUUGACUGCACUGGGCCUUUAAUAUACACUGAACAAAAAUAUAAACACAACAUGUAAAGUGUUGGUCCCAUGUUUCAUGAGCUGAAAUAAAAAAUCCCAGACAUUUUCCAUACGCACACAAAGCUUAUUUAUUUUACAUUUUGUGCACAAAUUUGUUUAUAUCCAUGUUAGUGAGCAUUUCUCCUUUGCCAAAAUAAUCCAUCCACCUGAAAGGUGUGGCAUAUCAAGAAGCUGAUUAAACAAAAAAAAUAAGUGCAGUUUUGUCACACAACACAAUGCCACAGAUGUCUCAAGUUUUGAGGGAGCGUGUAAUUGGCAUGCUGACAGCAGUAAUGUCCACCAGAGCUGUUGGCAGAGAAUUUAAUGGUAAUUUCUCUACCAUAAGCUGCCUCCAACGUCGUUUUAGAGAAUUUGGCAGUACGUCCAACCGGCCUCACAACUGCAGACCACGUGUAACCACGCCAGCACAGGACCUCCACAUUCGGCUUCUUCACCUGUGGGAUCGUCUGGGUGGGGUGGGGGGGGGGGUGCUGCGGAGUAUUUCUGUCUGUAAUAAAGCCCUUUUGUUGGGAAAAACUCAUUCUGUUUGGCUGGGACUGGCUCCCCAGUGGGUGGGCCUCCCAGGCCCACCCAUGGCUGCACCCCUGCCCAGUCAUGUGAAAUCCAUAGGUUAGGACUUAAUUGAUUUAAAUUGACUGAUUUCCUUAUAUGAACUGUAACUCAGUAAAAUCUUUGAAAUUGUUGCAUGGUGCGUUUAUAUUUUUGUUCAGUAUAUUUAGUAGAAUGAGUAGAUGAUCAAAACCAGGUUGAGCUCUUAGUCUAAUAUACUCUCUAUAUUUCCUUCAUUCUCUCUGUAUCUCAUCUCACUCUUACUUUCCAGUCGUCUGUGUAACGCUCACCCCACUCUGAGGACCAUAGACAUGUUCCACUUCCGGGGCCCGUCUCACAUUGGGGACCGGCUGGUGCUAAAGGCCAUUGUUAACAAUGCCUUCAAGCACAGGUGAGUCCUAAUAAUAGGGUCUUAUUCAUUAGGCACCAAACUGAAGAAAAUGAGAACCGCUUGUUCUCAACCGCUGUCCAAGAAUUACCGCUGGUUUUCAUUUCUGUUGAAAAACGUAGAUUUCGUUUUUGUUGCUACGGUGAGCCCUAAUGAACUCAACCCGAGAGUGAGUUUCAGCUUUGAGGGAUAUUUACUGGCAACAAACAAUGAAUGGGAAAGUGGUAUGGCAACCUUUUAUGUUUGUAUGAUAUUAGUUGUAUGUGGGUGUGUGUGUUCCAGUAUGGAGGUGGGUGUGUGUGCAGAGGCCUACCAGGGUGCGGGUGUGUUGCGCCACAUCAACAGCGCCUUCAUGACCUUUGAGGUGCUGGACAAGGACAGGAAGCCACGCACAUUGCCCCGGAUACGACCCGAACCUGUGGUGAGUUCUGCAGAUGACCUCAGAAGAACAGGCUGUUAGACCUGUGGAGUAUGUGUGUGUGAGUGAGAGCGAUAGAGUGUGUGUGUGUGUGUGUGUGUGUGUGUGUGUGUGUGUGUUUAUGGAGGUCAAUGUAUAUUGAGAAAUGCCAUAUGGUUGUUGAUUUUGUAAUGUUAAGAGAUACAUGCCUCUGCUCAUCCAAUGUCGGUGCAGAACUGUGAAAGCCCAUUUCACUUGUUUAUUUAAUUGUCAGGAUGGGAAGAGACGCUAUCAAGAGGCUAUCGCUAGGAAGAAGAUCCGUCUGGACAGGUGAGGUUCUAUUCCCCAUUUCUAUCAGUUAGUGCAGGGGUGUCAAACUCAUUUUCCCCCUUCAGUAGAUUGAGCCCCCCCCCCCCCCUCUAAAAAUAAAUGAUAUACAGUAUAUUAUUUUUUAUUAAGACAUCAUGCUAGGCCACAUUAAAUCGGGUUGAUUGAGUGAUACCCCUGAAUUAGUUUGUAAACAGUAAACCAAACCAUUGAGUCAUAACACAUUUUCAUCUGUUUUGACAUCACUAUACACUGUCUGUUUACAGAAAGUACAUCAUCUCCUGCAAGCAAACAGAGGUUCCUCUGUCUGUGCCCUGGGACAUCAGCAACCAGGUAACACACACACACACACACACACACAAACGGACCACAACCUACUACUACUCCUAGAUUACAUGUGUUGUGUUGGGGUUUGGUAACAGAUUUAACUCUCUACUGCCUCCCUGUGUGCUGGCCUGUGCUUGUUUUGAAAAAAAAAUCGUUCUUCAGAUUCUGAAUCCAAACUUUAUUUCCCCCAGAUGUAUCUCAGCUACAACAAUGUGUCUGCACUGAAAAUAAUGGCUGCUCGAAGCAACUGGAUGUUAAGCUCUGAGAAAAAUAAGGUUAGUACAGGGUGUAGAACAGUGUAAGAAUAUGAUUGAAUGCCAUUGAUAUUAUUCAUUAGAAUGAUGUUGAAGAAUUGCAUGUCUCCCCUCUCCUCCUCCCCACUGUCUAAUCAAAUCAUUACUUUCUAUUGCACAGUCAGUUUUUCCCCCCCAAAUUCGGCCCACACGUUGAUUUGAUUAAGUUGGGAGGAAGCAAUGUGGACCAAGUCAACCGUCUUUCUUAAAGCUGCUAGCUACAUAAAACAUUUCCACAAAAUAGCAGUAAAUGUCAAUAAUAUAUGAUAUCUGUGGUAGUAAAGGAAUAGACUCUGCUUUAACCCGUAAAGAUCCUAUAGUCAUUUCCAUGGUUUAACCCCCUCCUUCCUGAUCUGUUCCCAGGUCAGUCUGUACACGCUGGAGGAGAACCAGAUCCUGUGUUUUAAGGUGGAGACUCAUGUCACCGUCCCUGCUGAACAGGCCUUCCAUCUGCUCUCAGACCUGCGCAGGAGACAUGAGUGGGACAGGCAUUACCAGUGGGUAACACAGCCACAACUAUUCACAACUGAUGUAGCCACAACAGUCACAGCUAGUCAGAACACAGCCACAAGUAGUCACAACUAGUUAGAGCUAGUCACAACAAAGUCACAGCUUGUCAGAACACAGCCACAAGUAGUCACAACUAGUUAGAGCUAGUCACAACAAAGUCACAGCUAGUCAGAACACAGCCACAAGUGGUCACAACCAAUCACAAAGUAGUUACUAUAAUCCUUUUGAAACCUCCAUUUGGAUUGAAACCUCCAUUUCACAGUGUGCCUUUACCCUUUCGUCCAAUGUAGACAGUGUGAUGUGAUCAUCCAGGCAGAUGAGGAUGACACUAUCUACCGCGUAGCCACUCCGUGUGUCAGUAAAGGGGGGAAGGGCCAGGACUUCAUCCUCCUGGCCUCUAGGAGGAAGCCCUGUGACUCCAGGUAACAUUGCCUGCCUGUCAUCCAUCCAUCAGCAUCCUGACUUCACCAAUAUGCUUUAUUUUUUGCUUGGUCACUGUUCCCCAAUGACUCAACAAUCCGUCCUACUUUCCAAUGGCACUGCAUUCUUUUUCUGUUCUCAAUGCACCCUAACUUACCCAGGUCUGGUUGUGUCCCACAGUACUGUAUCUAUCAUCCUGCCCAAUUCCACAUCUUUAAUCACGCUCUAAUGGUGCGAUCUGCCUCUUCUGUCCCUCUCAGGGACCCGUACCUGAUUGCCCUGCGCUCUGUCACCCUGCCGACCCACCCUGCCACUAAGGACUACACCCGGGGGGAGGUGCUCUGUGCCGGAUUCAGUAUCUGGGAGGAGUCCAACGCUGUCACCAAGGUGGGCCAAUGGGGCUCUUCGCUAGCUAAACGAAAAGCUUGCCUGGUCCAGAUCUGUUUGUGCUGUAAAGCCGACUUCUAUGGUUGUUGUCAUGUCAAACAUGACAGCAACCGUAGUUGGUAAGACAGUAGAAACAGAUCUGGGACCAGCUAGCUCAGUGACUUUCUUCAUCCCACCUUAUCAUGUAAACUGAGUGUGGAAAGAAGUGGUGGAUGCAGGAUUUCAGUCCUUCACGGCAUAGUGUGUUGCCAAUUGUUUUCUUGGUGACUAUGGUCCCAGCUGCCUUGAGAUCAUUGACAAGAUCCUCCCGUGUAGUUCUGGGCUGAUUCCUCACCAUUCUCAUGAUCAUUGCAACUCCACGAGGUGAGAUCUUGCAUGGAGCCCCAGGCUGAGGGAGAUUGACAGUUAUUUUGUGUUUCUUCCAUUUGCGAAUAAUCGCACCAACUGUUGUCACCUUCUCACCAAGCUGCUUGCCGAUGGUUUUGUAGCCCAUUCCAGCCUUGUGUAGGUCUACAAUCUUGUCCUUGACAUCCUUGGAGAGCUCUUUGGUCUUGGCUAUGGUGGAGAGUUUGGAAUCUGAUUGAUUGAUUGCUUCUGUGGACAGGUGUCUUUUAUACAGGUAACAAGCUGAGAUUAGGAGCACUCCCUUUAAGAGUGUGCUCCUAAUCUCAGCUCGUUACCUGUAUAAAAGACACCUGGGAGCCAGAAAUCUUUCUGAUUGAGAGGGGGUCAAAUACUUAUUUCCCUCAUUAAAAUGCAUAUCAAUUUAUAACAUUUUUGACAUGCGUUUUUCUGGAUUUUGUUGUUGUUAUUCUGUCUCUCACAGUUCAAAUAAACCUACCAUUAAAAUUAUAGACCGAUCAUUUAUUUGUCAGUGAGCAAACGUACAAAAUCAGCAGGGGAUCAAAUACUUUUUUUCCCUCACUGUAUAUACAAAUACAUUUGGGGGGCCCAUCCACCACCCCCCCUCUUCGGAGGACAAAAAUAAACGUUGUUUUUACAGCUUUUUCUUUUGUUGUUACAUGUACCUUUUACACACAUUUUAUAUACAUUUUUUAAUUUAUUUUUCUACAGUAGUUACAUAGCAAGAGGAAAGUAAUUUGAUAUUUUGAUAUACAUUACAUCUAGAUAGAUAGUACUUCUACAUUGUUUUCAGUCAUAACUAUUAUAUAACAUUUUUUUUGGCCACUGCUCUCAUUGUCUCUGUGUGUUUUACCUCAGAUCUCCUACUACAACCAGGCCACGCCGGGAGUCCUCCCCUACAUCUCCAACGACAUCGCAGGCCUUUCCUCCAGCUUCUACGGCACCUUCCACUCCUGCAACAAGUACCUGGAGGAGAAUAGAGACAGCCUGGCCUCCCUGCACCCCUCUGCCAUGUGA